GAGGAGCAGCUGAGUUGAUCUUCCUCUCACUGCUUAGAGUUUAUAAAUAGUGGUCAGGGUCUGUGCUGCUGGUUCCAACAGGGUAGUCACAGCCUGGUUUACUGUUGGGUUAUGGUGCUGCUGAAAGCUUAACGAUGAGCCCUGCAAAUUAUCUUAGGCUGUUUGUGUUUUGUCUUUGGCUGCUGGGUGGUGAUGUAAAUUGUGAGUCUACGCAGAAAGGUUAUGUCCUACAUGUCCAGGCAGGACAUGUCCCAAUGGGAGUCUACAAUGAUGACAGGGACUAUAAAACAUGGCGUGAAUUACCUAUUUUCAGAGCCCCCGCAGCUGGAUCCCAGACAUCAGAUGUGGGCAGAGGGCAAAGUGGCAGCAUUUACCCUGAACCUGCACCUACCCUGGAUCACACCACCAACCCCAAACCACGAAUUCUAAGCAGUUAUCCUGUUAGUUCUGAAUCGCAAUACAGCAAUGUUCCAAAAAACCGAAUCAACCAUUUUAAAUCUGGCCUAAGCUCACACACACAAGGAUGGAGUACUGUGGCGUACAACCUCUUUGGAAACAAAGCAUUCGCUUUUCCUGAUGGCAAGAAGAUCCAUCGAGCCAAAUCUGAUUCUGUAUUCUCCACAGGUGUUGUGAAAGUUCCACCUAGUAUCUACCGUGCCAGGACUAAGCUGACAGGAGGGUUUUCAUCUGUUCCGGAAGACCAAGCCACAGUCGGAUUUGGACAGGUCCCCAUCCAUACACACAGCAGUACAGCAAGUCCAGAUAUUCACCAUAUCAAAUCUAGUCUGAAGUCCAAGUCCUACAAGACUUAUGCAAACCCAUCCAGGCCAAACAUACAUCCCCUCCACCAACAGGAAUCACACCGCAGAACCAGGCCUAAAGUGAGUGGAUCUCACCCUGCUCAUGUUUUCCCCUACAACUUUGAUCAUGUCAGAGUGAACCCAUUGCAAAAAGUUGUAAAACUCAAAGUCAAGGAGACAGACUCAAUCAUUAAGGGACACUCUCCUGCCAGCAAUUCAGCAGGAAAGAUGUCUUAUCCAACAUGGAGCCCCAGGAUCUAUGGCAGUGAUGUGAUGCCUAAACCCAGGGGAUAUGCCCAUGUCCACCACCUCAAGCCAGGUUCCGACAAAAUACGGUGCCAAGUUACCUCGGCUGCAGGUGGGAAGUUCUUGGAAACACUUUUGCCAUCUGUACAACAGAAUCAGGACAGUUAUAGCCAUGAUUCAUCAAGACUAGGGUUUGGUUUUGGUGGUGCAACAUCAAGUGAAAAUUAUCUCAAUCUGAAUUACAAUUCCAGGGGACAACAAUCAAGCAGGUGGCAUCCUCCACCACAAGACAGAGCACAAACUCUUGUCCAAGGUAAAUUCAAACCUUUUCAAAGGCUUCCCUCUGGUGAUGACCUCAAUGCUCACAGCAACGCAUCAGACAGUGAAACUGCUCCCACAACUAUUCCCCCCAGUUUGAACUCCACAGGUAUCAUGUCAACAGCAACUAUUCCCCCCAGUUUGAACUCCACAGAUAUCACAUCAACAGCAGCCAGUCCUCCUAGUUUGAACUCCACAGGUAUCACGUCAAUGACGACCAUUUCCUCGUUUUUGAACUCCACAGGUAUCAUGUCAUCAGUCUUGCCUUCAGUUAAUGGAACGUUGAACACCAAGUCUGCUUCACUUAUGACUGUGGUCAGAGGGCCAAGAUGAGGGACAGUCUGAAGAUUUAGCAGAAGUUGGACCUUCCUUUGACUAAGACAAACCAGUUACAAUUCAUCCUCCACCAGCAAAGAAGAAGAACGAGUGAUCAGCUUGUUGCAAGUCCUUUGGAAAUGGAUCAUGUUUAAAAUGACAGAUGUUGCUUUGGCUCAUAUCUGGAAAGGGUCUGACUUUGAAUAAACAAUAUUAAAAUUG